AUGGCAGAUGAGAGUCUGCAUACCAUGCCGUUGGAGCACAACAUCGACUAUCACAUCGUGACCCUCUUCGAGCGUUUGGAGGCAAUGCGUAAGGACUCGCCCGGAGGCAGCAAUGGGGUCAACAAUCGCCUGUCCAGCACCCUUCAGGCGCCCAAGCGCAGCAUGCAGGCCGAGAUUCGUACUCUGGAGUUCUGGAGAUCCAUCAUCAGCGAAUGCCUGGCCUCGUUCCUGUACGUGUUCAUCGUCUGCGGUGCCGCCGCAGGCGCCGGCGUGGGGGCCAGUGUCUCCUCCGUGCUGUUGGCCACGGCUCUGGCCUCUGGACUGGCGAUGGCAACACUGACGCAGUGCUUCCUUCAGAUCUCGGGCGCCCAUGUUAAUCCCGCCGUGACCCUGGCCCUGUGCGUGGUGAGGAGCAUUUCUCCGAUUCGUGCCGCCAUGUACAUGACCGCCCAAUGUGGUGGAGGAAUUGCCGGAGCUGCUCUGCUUUAUGGAGUCUCUGGGCCAGGAUAUCAGGGAAAUCUACUGGCUGCCAUCUCACAGAACGUUUCCCUGGCCGCCUGGGAACGCUUUGGUGUGGAAUUCAUCCUCACUUUUCUGGUGGUGCUCUGCUACUUCGUGUCCACAGAUCCCCUUAGGAGAUUCAUGGGCAACUCCGCCGUCAUUGGAGCUGCAUACAGCGCCUGCUGCUUUGUGUCGAUGCCCUACCUGAAUCCAGCCCGAUCCCUGGGUCCCUCGUUUGUGCUGAACAAAUGGGACAACCACUGGGUGUACUGGUUCGGACCUUUGGUGGGCGGCAUGGCCUCCGGCAUUGUGUACGAGUAUGUGUUCAACUCGCGCCGCAACCUGCGACAUGGCAAGGGAAGCAUUGACAAUGACUCCAGCUCCAUCCACUCGGAGGACGAGCUUAACUACGACAUGGACCUGGAGAAACCCAGCGGCAAGUACCAGCAAUCGCAGGGCACCUAUCCCCGUGGCCAGAACGGUGGCAAUGGCGGAGGUCAGCAGCAAGGCAAUGUUCAACAUCAAGCCGGGAAUAUGGGCCAGAUGACGGGAGUGGUGGCUGCUCCUGGGCAAGGAAACUACUGCCAGAACCUGUAUACGGCUCCGCCACUCUCCUCCAAGUACGAGCAGCAGCAGGAGCCGCUGUAUGGUGGAACCCGCUCGCUCUACUGCCGCUCCCCAACCCUGACCAGGAGCAACCUGAAUCGUUCGCAGUCCGUCUACGCCAAGAGCAACACAGCCAUCAACAGGGACAUUGUACCACGCCCUGGACCACUGGUGCCCGCCCAAAGUCUCUAUCCCAUGCGCACCCAACAGCAGCAACAGCAACAACAGCAGCAACAGCAACAACAGCAACAUCAGCAGCAGCAACAGCAGGCCACCCAAUCCUCCCACUUGCAGAACCAAAAUGUCCAGAAUCAGAUGCAACAGCGCAGCGAGAGCAUCUACGGGAUGAGAGGCUCCAUGCGGGGACAGCAACAGCCCCUCCAGCAGCAGCAGCAGCAGCUUCAGCAGCCACAGCCCGUCGUGGGAGUGCAGCAGCAGCAAUUACAGCAGCCGCCUCCACAACUGAUGCCCGAUCCUCUCCAGCAGCAGCAGCAGCAGCCGCAGGGCUUCCAACCUGUGUAUGGCACCCGGACGAACCCCACGCCCAUGGACGGCAGCCAUAAGUACGAUCGACGGGAUCCACAGCAGCAGCUGUAUGGCGUAACAGGACCCAGGAAUCGUGGACAAUCGGCUCAGUCGGACGACAGCUCCUACGGCUCGUAUCAUGGAUCGGCAGUCACACCGCCGGCACGUCAUCCCAGUGUGGAGCCAUCGCCACCUCCGCCACCCAUGCUGAUGUAUGCCCCGCCUCCACAGCCCAAUGCCGCUCAUCCGCAACCCAUUCGCACGCAGUCGGAGCGGAAGGUGAGUGCACCCGUUGUGGUGUCACCGGCAACCUCUGCCGUGACCUACACAACCUCGCAGGGACCAGUGAUGGCAACCCAACAGCAGCAGCAACAGCAACAGCAGCAACAGCAGCAGCAGCAACAGCAAAUGAUGAUGCAGCAACAGCAGCAGCAACAUUAUGGAAUGCUGCCGCUUAGGCCCAACUGAAAGCGGCUGUCUUGGGGUCCGGUGACCACGCCGCCACCGGCGGGGCUGCACGCCCUCGCCAUACACCCCGCGGGCACAAUGACCCUGCACCGCUGCAGUCUAGCCAAGCAGAGCAGUUUGUUUUAGUCGUAACAUAGGUAGUCCUAGAAGCAUCCAACGGGCAUCGCAUCCAAAGGAAAUGUACGCAAGUCUCAGCCCUUAGUCUAGCCGAAUCCUAGUUUAGAUACGUAUUUAGAUGUAGGCAAGAUGCAGCAUAGCCACAUUGUAUUAUCCAGAGCCAGAGCGCUACGACGAGGAAGGAACUCGCACACCUAGCAGCAGACAACGAUGCGCUGAAGCAUAGCACAUUUAGCUAUAAGUGACU